GUUCAUUUUCUCAGUCACUCGGAGCAGGCCUCUCAGGAACCAGUAGCAGUCAUGCAGCGGGCUUUGUUCAGCAGGAGCGCGCUGCUUGCCCAUCAGGCAGCAGCGACCCUCGACAGUCAGCUGGCCGCCAGGAGCGCGCCUCUGCUGCACAGACUGGACCGCUCCAUGUCUACGGUCUCCAUCCCACCGCCGGCAUGCAUGCUCCGGCCGCUGGAGGUUCCACUGCGUUAUUUGUUUGGACCGGGACCCUCAAACGUUCCUCCACGUAUCUUAGCCGCACAGGGCAGGCCGAUAAUUGGCCACCUGCAUCCAGAAAUGUAUGAGAUCAUGAAUGACAUCAAGCGAGGGAUCCAGUACAUCUUUCAGACAGAGAACAACAUGACUAUAGCUAUGAGCGGCUCCGGGCACGCGGCCAUGGAGUGUGCAGUGUUCAACACGGUAGAGCCCGGAGAGAGCGUGCUCGUUGGCAUAAACGGAAUAUGGGGAGAACGGGUCGCAGAAAUUGCAGAAAGAAUGGGUGCUAAUGUACAUAGAAUGGUAAAAACACCUGGAGGAUAUUUCAGCAAUAAGGAAAUUGAACAGGCCAUAGAAAAACACAAGCCUGUCCUGUUUUUCCUCACACAUGGAGAGUCUUCCGCUGGCCUCUGUCACCCAGUAGACGGCAUUGGAGACAUCUGCAGAAAACAUAACUGCCUCUUCCUGGUUGACACAGUUGCAUCUCUUGGUGCAGCCCCAAUUUUUAUGGACAAGCAAAAUAUUGACAUCCUGUACACUGGUUCUCAGAAGGCUCUGAACGCGCCUCCUGGCACAGCACCCAUCUCCUUUAAUGACAGAGCAUGCCACAAGAUGUUUAACAGGAAAACAAAACCAGUAUCCUACCUAUUUGACAUGACAUGUCUUUCCAACUACUGGGGUUGUGAUGGCCAACUAGCGAGACAAUACCACCACACCGGUCCAGUGUCUGGAUUCUUUGCCCUGAGAGAGAGUCUGGCAAUUGUUGCUGAGAAGGGGCUGGAGGAGUCCUGGAAGAAACACAAGGAGGUGGCAGCCUACCUGUACAGAGGACUGGAGGACCUGGGCCUCAAGCUCUUCAUUCCUGAUAGGGACUUGAGGCUUCCCUCUGUCACCACCAUCGCCAUCCCUGAAGGCUACAACUGGAGGGAGCUACUGGCCUACAUCAUGAAGCACCACCAUAUGGAGAUGACUGGGGGCCUUGGUCCUUCCAUGGGCAUGGUGAUGAGGAUUGGAUUGAUGGGAUACAACUGUGAGAAGACCAAUGCUGACAUGGCACUGCAUGCCCUGGCAGACGCUCUGAAGAACUGUAAAAAGAGCAAGGCUUAAGAGACCAUUCUCCACUCACCAUUCAUUAAGUAAUCAAACAUUUAGUGUCCCAAAAAUGCUAGAAAAAUUGGUUCAAGAUGUUUCUGUGUUUUUGAUGGCUGAGAUUUUUUUAAAACCUAAGGCCGCCAUGUGCCUUUCUUGUGGAAGUAGACUAGUUUUGAAAUAAAUGAGAAGAUGGUAUUAUUAUGUUCCACUCUCAGCGCACUGAAAGCUGUCAAUAAAGUGUGCUUUAAUUUAUCAAACAACCAUUCUCCUGCCUUAAUGUGUCAUCAUAACAUUACGAUGUCAAAAGCAUGCUCAAAAGUCUAUACAUGUGCUUAACCUUCUCAACUACAUUACCCAGGAUCCCCUUCUGUGAUUCCCGUAUAUAAAUGUGAUGAACAACACUGCCGCAGAUUAUUGAGUGACAUUAUAGAGCAUGCUUUCAUUUACUUCUGACUGAUUUAUACUACUCUGUUGACUGCAGUUGGGAUUACAAAUGGCGUGUCCUGCAAAUCAGACAGGUAGGACGAUGGUUAACAUUCCUUCAAUUAGAAUCAAUGUAAAAUGUAGGUGCAAGCUGCAAUGUCGCAGUGAUCAAAGGGUAACUUGCAAUAACGUUACUUAAGACGUAUUCUGUAGCUUUUUAGCGCAAUAAUUGACUGAAAUUGAUUAAAGUGCAAACGUUA